AUGGCGACCGGCCUGGUCGCCAUCCUGGGCAGCAACUGUGGCGGGGCCAACUUGCGCUGGCCAUACGUCCAGGAGCUAUCCAAGCACAUCAAGGUGGACGUGUAUGGCGGCUGUGGAACUAAGGUGUGUCCGGGUCAUUUCACGCGUGACUGCGACGUCACCGAGAAGUACAAGUUUUACCUGGCAUUCGAGAACAGCAACUGUCGUGAGUACAUCACCGAGAAGCUGUGGUGGAACGCCUACCACAAGGAGGUCGUACCGGUCGUCAUGGGCGCGACCCGGGAGGAGUACGCUAGCCUGGCACCGCCUCACUCGUUCAUCCACGUAGAGGACUUCAGUGGUCCGGAGGACCUUGCCAGGUACCUGGUGUACCUCAAUGGCAACGCGAGUGCUUACAAUGAGUACUUCGCGUGGAAGAGGAAAUACGUGGUGAAGAACGAACAUGGCUACUUCGGCUCACCGUCACUGCACCUGUGUCGUAUGUGUGAAGCUGUGAACAGUCUUCAAGGUACCACCAAGGUUUACAAAGACCUCGAGAGUUUCUGGAAUCCCAAGAGAGACUGUCGGCCUCCCGUGUGGGUGCCUACUUACUAA